AUGAAACAUCCAAGUUGGUUGAUUGAUGGACAAAUCAAAUUUUAUGAGGAGCCAACAGAAACACAUGAAAAGAUUCUGAAUACAGUUGUCUAUAAUAUUCGUCAAUUACCAUUAGAUGAUUUUGAUGGAUCAGGAAGUCUGCAACUCAGAUUCAGUACAAACAUUGUUGGUGAGCCUGAUCAAUCUAUUACACCAAAUAGAAAACCUAGACAGACUGCAGAUGCCCAUUUCCUCAACCCAAAUCGAGCACCCUAUCCAAGUUUGGUCAUUGAAGUUGGAAAGAUACAAUCUCUUGAAUCUCUUCAUCGUAGAGCUCUUUUAUAUUUAGGUGUAGAGACUGAUAUUUCAAUUGUCGUAGCAUUUCUAUAUGACCGCGAUGUAUCUGUAGCACAUCCAUCUAUUGUCAUUUCAUUUGGAUCUGCACCUCUUGACCAAUCAACCAAUGAUAUCUUUCAGAGAUGGAAUCCACAACAAGUUAUAGUUGGCAAUUUAGAUGAUCAUUCACCCACGCAAUGUACUAGUGCCAACAUUCCAACCUACCAAAUACAUCUCCCAAGUGCUCAGUUGUAUCAUGGUGAUCCAAACCAACCAAUACCUUUACCACCAAAUAUUUCAUUAGACUUGUUCAAAAUUAUUCGAAUAUUGAAUAGAAUUCCAGAUUGGUAA